AUGUUUGGCCGUAUUGGAGGUCAGACUUUCCGCUGCCUCGCCAGGCGUCGGAUUACGCGAACAAAAAUAUGUGAACGUCAAUUUUCCGCGCAGCCAGGCUCUGGCCCAGUCGCUGCGCCAGCAUCCUCGCCGCUUGCCGGGAUCACAGUCGAGCUUGAUCGCAUAGCACCCCGAUUCGAGGUCUCAGCUUCGCAAAUCACCAUUCUCGAUUCGCCGGCCAACUUCUAUUCUGCUCUGAAGAGCAAAAUUCGAAAUGCGAAGCGUCGCAUUUAUCUCUCUACGCUCUACAUCGGCAAAACAGAGUACGAGUUAAUUGAGACAAUAUCAGAUGCUCUCCGCCAGAAUCCCGACCUCCGAGUAUCAAUUCUCACUGACGCAUUGCGAGGAACACGAGAGACACCCAACCCGUCAUGCGCAUCGCUUCUCUGUUCAUUGGUGUCAACAUACGGCGCGGAUAGAGUUGAAAUCCGGAUGUUUCACACGCCAAACUUGACUGGAUUGAAGAAGAAAUGGAUACCCCGGCGCAUCAACGAAGGAUGGGGCUUGCAACAUAUGAAGUUGUAUGGCGUCGAUGACGAAAUCAUUAUUUCAGGCGCGAAUCUGUCCCAGGACUAUUUUACGAAUCGGCUGGAUCGAUACCAUGUCUUUGAGUCCAAGGCCCUCGCCGACUACUACGCUCGGAUUCACCAUGGAGUAUGUAGUUUGAGCUUCCAGGUCCUCCCAGACCCCCAUAACAACUCUGGGUAUCUCCUCGACUGGCCAACUGCAAACGCUGGGCCUUCGCCAUUAGAAAGCCCGGAAAAUUUUGUCGAGUGCGCCUCAAAUGCACUCCGCCCUCUUAUCCAGGCAUCACAAGAAACGCCUGCCACAUUUACUUCUCCCAGCAAGACUUUCGUAUACCCUGUUGCUCAGUUUACUCCGUUGUUGAAACCCGAUAGUUCAACUGAGUUUCCCGCUGUUACCAGCAUCUUGCGUCUCUUGUCUGAUGUACCCGCAUUUUCUGGAGCGCAAUGGCUCUUCACUGCCGGCUACUUUAAUAUUCACCCGACCUUGUCCUCUUUGCUGAUCUCGAGCACCUCUCGUGGAUCUGAGAAUCCCUCCACAACGAGGGGAACAGUUCUCACCGCGUCUCCGUGGGCUAAUGGCUUCUACGGCUCCCCCGGUGUGUCUGGUAUGCUCCCUGCGGCUUACACCCAUCUUUCCGCGCGAUUCCUCGAUCGUGUCGCUGCAGCGCAGGCCACAAAUUUCAUUCAAUUGAAAGAAUGGCGUCGUGGCACCGUUGGAACGCCUGAGGGAUGGACCUACCACGCCAAGGGUCUUUGGGUGACCCUGCCGCAGGAAGAAGAUCCUAGUGUCACCUUCGUCGGAAGCAGCAACUAUACCAAACGAAGUUACAGCCUAGACCUCGAGGUGGGAGCAGUUGUUGUCACAAACGACCAGGAUUUGAAACAGAAGCUUGGCAAGGAAACGCAAUGGCUCCAAGAAGACUCAAAACCGAUAUCCAGAGAGGACUUGAUGCGCACGGAGAGGCGUGUUGGCUGGAAUGUCCGGCUCGCCAUGUGGAUUGUCGAAAAGGUUGGCGGUGCCCUGUAA